AUGGAGUGUUGGAGGAAGAGAGAGAGGAUUGAAGGAGGGAAGAAAAGGGGAGAGAGCGGUGAUCAUCAUCGCUUAUUGGCACUGGGCAUUCACAUGUUCAAAGUGACAACAGCUUACGAUUCUCUUCACAUUUCAGCAUCGAUUACUGUUACAAAUACAUGUAUCAUGUUGAAAGAAAACGUGACCGAAAACCGCUCGCGAAUGCAUCACCGUUCCUUCUCGGCCCAAACAUGCGAAUCUGUCUUCCAACCCUUGGAGUUAUCGUCGAAUCCGGCCUCUUCAAACGUCACACUAGUCAAUAAUCCACCAAUCUAUCAACAUCAUUAUCAAGACUCUCGAAUCAAUAACCCUUACCAAACUCUCAACGGUACUAUUCGAAUAGUUGAGCGUCGAAAUCGACUUAAACAGGAAGGACACCAACCUCGAUGCUCCAGUGUACCCGUCUGCACAUCCAGAGUGCAGAAAAGUGAAGACAGCGGGAUGGGAGAUUACUUAACGACUGGUAUGAACGAUUCACCUACAAGCGUUUUACGAGGAGUAGCCCCCUGGAUGGCUACCGAAGAGAAAGCAGUGGGAAUAAAAAAGGACAGCCGAAACCGGAUAAAACAUUAUGCCCAUAGCAUCCGCGAUCACUUGUUACCCUUGUGGGGGCAAGUAGAUUUCAAUGGAAAACCACCUCCCCACCCUCUAUCUACGCAUAUCCAUCCGUUACCAGAACAGUGGUAA